GGGGCAGUAUAUUCAGUACUCCACCGACACCCUGAAGAAGGAGCACCCCUGACUUCCUCCAUUUUAGGGAUGAAUCAUAAAUGCCUGUUUGUUGGACAGAAAGUCUGCUUUGUGUGCACUAGAAGCCGUUUGUUUACACGCUGUGUAGUGCAUUUCUACAGGGAGGAGAGCAGUUUUAACUCCAGCUGAGGAUUCGUGGUGUUGUAAAAGCGGAACUAUUUAUCUGGUGUGUUUGUAGAAACGAGUCGGUUAGUGUUUCGAGCUGCACAAUAAUUUGACUUUUUUUUUAAAUUUAUGCACCCAUGAAUACUAAAACUAAAAUGUAUGAGUUGAUGCUAUAGUAGCUGUGUGGUGUGUAAGUGUUUGAUUUUUUAAAUUGUUAUUUAGCCAACUUUUUAGCAAAUCACAAACCGGAAGUAGGUCCGUCCUGUCCAUUCCCCAGUGCACCACCCGCACUCAGCAGGUCCACAGUAGCAAGUGGUAAAUGUUAUUUGUUAGUUAUUUUCCCUCUCCAUCCUGUUAAACAGUAAUGUGUAGUGAGCACAUUUCCUCUGCAUUGUGCUGAGAUAAAUUCAUUAGGUUUGGGAAAUUCAGUGUCCACAAUGAGCAGCGAGGUGAAGGCACAGGACACACACACUAAAGGUGUGCACGAGACUGAAAUGGAGGACAAGCCUGUGGAGGAGGAAACUGUGAAACAGCUGAAAGAGGAGGAAGAGGAGGAGGAGGAGGAGGAGGAUGAUGAGGAGGCAUUGCCACACUCUGAAUUUCUGGAUAUUUUUGAGGAAGGCUUGGCUCUGAUAGUACAGGACCCUCUGUUAUGUGAUCUACCGAUUCAGGUGACACUGGAGGAGGUGAAUUCUCAGGUAGCUCUGGAGUAUGGCCAGGCUAUGACCGUGCGUGUGUGUAAAGCUGAUGGAGAGGUCAUGCCGAUCGUGGUGGUGCAGUCUGCUACUGUACUGGAUCUGAAGAAGGCCAUUCGACGCUACAUGGAACUGAAGCAGCAGCGUGAGGGCGGCAUCAAACACAUCAGCUGGAGAUACGUGUGGCGAACGUUUCACUUGGUCUUUAACGGGGAAAGGUUAGAGGACGACAAAAAGAAACUGAAAGACUAUGGGAUCAGGAACAGGGAUGAAGUGACUUUCCUGAAGAAACUGAGGAAGAAAUGAACGCACUUAUUCUUCUUGUAUCUGCAGCAUCUGCUGUCUAGACGAUUCCACUGAUCUAGGAAUACGCACACUGAUAUUUAACCACAUCUUUUACAUAUUAGGACCUUGUUCCUGGUGCCAUGACAUGAAAUUUCCUUAUCUACCAUUUCCUCAGUAAAUAUAUCUCAUUGCAGAGUCGCAUUGCUCUGAAUACAGCUGCCUUCAGGAGCUUUAUUAUAUAAGGAAUUACAUUUCAAAUACAUUUCUGUUUUUAUACUCUUGAAUCCGAAUCUUUCCUUGGAUUAAGCUUUGAAGCUUCUGAGGUUGAGUACUCAUUUUUAUUUGUACAGAACUGUUUUUUUUGCAAGCAUAUUAAAACCAUAUCUUGUUUGUGUUUA